UAGGUGUAGGCCAAGGUCAUAUUUUUUUAGAUGUAGAUCCAAUUACUGCCAUCAUUUAUUGAUUAGCUAUGCAUGUUCUUGUUGCGCGAGAAAUCGAUGCCCCUUUUUUUGCAAUCGAUGCCUUCACCUUGCCAGGUUCUAGAUCAAACAGAGAGAGAGAGAGAGAGGACAUCAUUGGUAGGUGUAGGCCAAGGUCAUGUUUUUUUUAGAUGUAGAUCCAAUUACUGCCAUCAUUUAUCGAUUAGCUAUGCAUGUUCUUGUUGCCCGAGAAAUCGAUGUCCCUGUAUUUUACAAUUGAUGCCUUCACCUUGCCAGGUUCUAGAUCAAACACACAGAGAGAGAGAGAGAGGACAUCAUUGGUAGGUGUAGGCCAAGGUUAUAUUUUUUUAGAUGUAGAUCCAAUUAUUGCCAUCAUUUAUCGAUUAGCUGUGUAUGUUCUUGUUGCACGAGAAAUCGAUGCCCCUGUUUUUUGCAAUCGAUGCCUUCACCUUGCCAGAGGUAUUGACUAUGCCGUUACAAACAAUGAGGUUCCAAGCAGAGCUCAAGAUUUACCUAUGUUGUUAAGACUGGUAUGUCAACGCAAAAAUGAUUCCUUACUACAGGCAGCUAUUAUGGUGCUGAUGAUAUCUGUGAAGAAUGCUUGUAAGAAUGGAUGGUUUGCCGACAAGGAUUCCGAAGAACUUCUUAGUCUUGCAGAUGAGAUAGGGAGCAGCUUCUGCAGUGUAAGAGAUAUGAACACUGAAGCGAACAAUUAUCUCCAAACUAUCUCAACAAUUAUGUCAAGAUUCUAUCCAAGAAUGAAAAUGGGCCAGAUACUUGCUUUUCUUGAAGUUAAGCCUGGCUAUGGGACAUUUGCAUAUGAUUUCCAUAUUUUGAAGAAUGCAAAACCUUCUGCAGAAGAUAAAGUACGGUUAUUUGUGGCUCAAACAGAUAAUAUUGAGACAUCUUCAUGUAUCACAACACCCCCACAAGUGAACUUUCUGUUAAAUGGAAAAGGAGUGGAUAAAAGGACUAAUGUGUUCAUGGACACUGGUCCACAGCUUCCAACUGUCGUGAUGCAUAUGCUUAAAUAUGGAACAAAUCUUCUUCAAGUUGUGGGUCAGUUUAGUGGAAACUAUAUCAUAGUGGUUGCCUAUAUGGUCGUGAUUUCAAACCUUGAUCGUCCUGUCCUACAAGAUUGUGUUCAGCCUGCUGUUGCUGCACUGGAUUCAGAUUCUGAGAUUAUUGAAGGGCCAUCACGAAUUUCACUAAAUUGUCCAAUAAGUUUCAGGCGUAUUAAGACCCCUGUCAAAGGACAUUCGUGCAAACAUCUUCAGUGUUUUGAUUUUGACAACUUUGUGGACAUAAACUCAAGAAGGCCAUCAUGGCGCUGCCCGCAUUGUAACCAGUGUGUCUGCUACGUUGACAUCCGUGUCGAUCAAAAUAUGGUUAAGGUCUUGAAAGAGGUUGGUGAAAAUGUUGCUGAUGUGAUUAUCUCAGCAGAUGGAUCAUGGAAGGCUGUUGAGGAAAGCAAUGACAAUAAAGACCAGCCACAUGAUAAGAUGCCCAAUUGCCAGCAAGAUGGUGGUCUAGCAGAAACUAUAGCUCCCUCAAAUGCUCCUCCAGAUAUCUUGGACCUCACUGAGGGGUAUGAUGAGAUGGAUGUGGAGCGUACAUGUGUAACUCAAGACAAAAAACCUGUUCUUGGUAAUCUCCAAAGCCAAUCUAUUCCCCAAAGUAUGACCAAUACAAGCGACCAAAAUGCUGCUCACAUAGAGGAUGACUUUUGGUCAGGCAUUUUCUUGCCCACAUAUGGAACUGGGACAUCAAGUGGUGGAUCAGAUGCCCAAAUGGUUGGUGGUUUUUCUGUAUCUUCUCCCUCCAAUUAUAUGCUGUCUCCUGUGUUAACUGAUGCUGUUUCUCCUGCUCUUAAUCGAGAACCUGAGGCUUUUCAUGGGUCUGCUCUUGUUGCAACCUCUGUACCACAAAGUCAAAUUUCUGGUCCCAGUAAUAUGCAGUUACAACAAUCACAAUUUGGGAAUUCUAUUGUCAGCAAUGAAUAUGGGAGGGCCCCAUCUAUACCAAGACAUAUAAACAGAACACCAAUUGCAGUCCAGGCCCUUCCAGCUCAGACUUUGACAUCAGGUCCGCAACAAAGAUCAAGAAAUAGUUUUAACAACUUAAUUCCCCAAGGGCCUUCCCUUGCUUCUCAGACUUCUGUCCUGCCAUCUAUUUCAGAUGGCUUCAAUACAGUCUCCAGUACAUUGGAAAGGCAACAGCAAUUUUCUAGAUCACAUUUGAAUCCACUUCAUGUAUCUCAGAUAACCUCCUCUUCAUUGCAGCAGCAGCAAUCAACAGCACAGAACUGGGAUCAUCAAAAUCGUUCAUUCAUUUCAAGUCAACCCGCUCAACAGAUAGUUGGCCUUGCAGCUCCAAGUCAACUCGCCAGUGCACGCCAGCAACAACCUUUGAACCUUAGGGUCCCCCAGCACAUGAGUCAAUCUCCAAGCCUGAUUCGGUCCCCUGCUCAGACAUCUUCUCAUUUUGUUCGGAAUCAAAGUGGGGUUGGUCAGACAUCACUACCUGGAAGUAGCCAACGGCUUAUGGCUUCUGCUCUGCGAGCAGCCCAGGUGGCAAGACAGCCACCAUCGGUGCCAGUUCACAUUCCAACAACCAGAGCAUCGUCAUCAUUCCCUACAAAUGCUGAUGGGUUUAGAGCAUCGGUUGGAGAUCAGAGAGGAAAUACAGGAGCAACGUUGCAACAACCAGCCACAAGGACUGAUGGUUUGGCAGAUUUGCCUUCGGAGCAGAACUGGCGGCCCACAGGCCGAAUGCGUGGAAGUCUGUCGGGGCGAGCUUAUUCUGAUGCUCUUAACCAGUUCAUUAUUCAGCCAACCCAACCCGUUCAAGCUGCUAUUAGGCCACCACUGAGUAUGACCUCGCCCCCACCUGGCAUGCCAACCCCACUGCAAUGCUCAUGCAAAAUAGGAGGAAUGCCUAUGCUCCUCCUCAAGUGGUGAAUCAUCCAACAGAUCAACCCAGUAUGGCGGGAAGCUCAGGUGUUGUACCUGAGCAGUCUUCGGGGAUGCACUAAUGUAAACAGGAAGGGACGUGGAUGGGGCUGUAUAUGGUAUGGUGUGACCAAUUUUGUACUCCAUGGUCAGCCGUAAAGUUCAUGUAGAUUGUUUUCAUAGGGCAGUUAGUGAUUAUAGUUUUAAGUUUAUCGCAUAAUUGGUUUUAUGGGGAUUGUUCUUUGGGGAUUUGAAUUGCUAUGGGGGUUUUUUUUUUUGGGGGAUUUGAAUUGCUAUGGGGUUUUGUUUUUUUUUUUUUUUUUUUG